AUGUCUCUCCGCCAGACUCUAAGCGAAUUCUACCCACCUAAACCCACCUUCACCGAGCAAGAUCUAGAAGAUCUUGCAGGCAAAACCUAUCUCAUCACAGGGGGAACAUCUGGUAUCGGGUUCAUCCUUACCAAAAUACUCUACUCCAAAAAUGCAAAAGUCUACAUCACAUCACGAAGCGCGGCGUCUGGGGAAAAGGCCAUUAGCGAGAUAAAAGAAUCGAACAAGUCUAGCCGCGGCGAGUUGCGCUAUUUGGUAAUGGACCUUGGCGACUUACAAACAAUUGUUCCUGCGGUCAAGAGCUUCCUGGCACAGGAGACUCUCCUCCAUACAGUAUGGUUUAAUGCCGGUGUGAUGAAGGCACCUAGCGGAAGCAUGACCAAACAAGGCUACGAACUCCACUGGGGGACAAAUGUAGUGGGACACUUUGUGAUGAACAAACUACUUAUGCCCAUACUACUCGCCACAGCUCAGGUGGCGCCAAAAGGGAGCGUGAGAGUUGUCUGGGUGAGCAGCGAUGGCCAUAACUUUCUGUCUCCAAAGGGGGACGGCAUCGACUGGCAGGAUAUCGCCACUCUGAAAUCAACUGGGUGGAAGGGAGAAAAAGGGCCAAUGACGUAUUACGGCCAAAGUAAAGCUGGAAAUGUGCUGCUUGCAAUGGAACUUGCGAAAAGAUAUGGAAAUCAAGAUAUUGUUGGGGUGGCUCUCAAUCCAGGCCACUUGAAGACGAAUCUGCAGCGCCACUCCACCUCAAGCAUGUCCAAUAAAUUCGGAGGCCUCGUUCUACACGAUCCAUCUCUGGGAGCUUUGACAGAGCUUUAUGCGGGCUUCUCAAAGACAAUUGGGUUAGACAAUAAUGGGGCUUAUAUCAUCCCGUGGGGGAGAUUGGGCAAAAUACGACAAGAUAUUGAAGCGGGUUUCCACGAUCGAGGCACAGGUAAAAGGUUGUGGGAUAUCCUGGAAAAAGAGACUGAACAGUAUACAUGA